AUAUUGUCAAAAAUUUAAAUAUUAUAAAAAAAAUUACAAACAUUACUUGAAAUUAAUUUUCGAAAAUAAAAAACAAGAAAAAAAUCAUGCGUCUAGUAAUUAUUCUGAUAAUUCUCAAUAUUUUUUACUUAAACUCAGCAUUGAAUUAUAACAAAAGUGGAUAUUCGGAUAUCUUCGAUAGUGAAAUUAGUGAAAAAUACGAAAAUAAAGAAGAAGCAGCUAUGAAUUGCACAAGAGAGGUAGAAGGAUUAAAUUAUUUCGAGUGCACGGGAUAUGAAUGUCCAAUUCCUAUUACUGACAGGAUAAAUCAAGUCAAAGAUUAUUGUGUUGAGGAAGUAAUUCGAGAUGAUGGUAGCACUUACUAUUUUUGUGCAUUUGAGAUUCCAGAAAUGAAUAAUUAAAUUAUAAUUAUUUUUAUAAUUUUUUCACUUAGAGAAAAUAAAAUAAAAUUUGCUAUAGGAACAUAUUUUUGUGUCAACGAAAAUAUUUGAUAAUAUUACAAUUAAAAUAAAAAUCUUAAC